AAAUCGUUUGUAAACUUGGUGGAUCAACCAUGUCCUCUACUGUAUCAGUAAAAGAAGGCUGGGAGUUUCGCUUAGACUGCAGCAGCGACGGAAAUCCGUCACCAAGCUUUUCCUGGACGCACCCUGGGGAUGGACCAACUUAUCCUCUCUUCAUACGCAGCAUCAACAGAACACACGCUGGAAGAUUCAGGAUAAUACCAAGGAACAAAUUGAUCCCAUCAGAGCAAAAGGCAGUUUAUCUCACCAAGGACAUUUAUGUUAAAGUCGAGGUUCAAUAUCCACCAGAUCCACCGAGCUGCCGCGUCGGAUCAUCAGCAAGAUCAUCAAACAUCGUAUCUGCAAUACAAGGACAUACUAUCACAAUCAGCUGUUCCUGUGAUAGCAAUCCACCAUCAAUAUACUCGUGGUCUGUAACCGGAGUUUCCACUCCAACUUCUGGACAGAGUUUUAUACUGCUCGUUCAGAAAUCGACUACGAUAACGUUAACCAUGGAAAACAGCAUGCAAUUUACAAAUGGCAAAAAUGAAAAAGGGAGAAGUGAGACGCCAAUUGAAGUAAACGUUCUUUGUAAGUAACUUUACGUCUUUAACUGGGUAAACUAUUAAGUUUAAGGGAAAAAAUGAGAAAAUACACCUAACAAAAACAUAGUCUUUAUUACAGAUAAUAACAAACU